AUGGGGCCGAUCGGCGCGCCGGCGGGCUAUGGCGCCGGCCGCGAUGUCGGCCUCGCCGGGAGGCCGCCGGGCCGCGGGGGCCUCCCUGGGCCGCCGCCCCGGUCGGUGACCUUCACGGAGGGGAAGCUGUUCCUGGGCGGCCUGGACAGCACCACGACGAAAGAGUCGCUGACGGCGUACUGUUCGAAAUGGGGAGAGAUAAGCGACGCUGUAGUCAUGGAAGGCAGAGGGUUUGGGUUUGUUACUUUUGAAGAUCCGAAGAACUCUCAGAACUUCUUGGAGCAUCGCAGCCACGUUAUUGAUGGCAAGAGCGUUGAGGCAAAGGCUGCUGUGCCCAAAGGCACUGGCGGGUCAAGCAACCUGACAAAGAAACUCUUCGUUGGGGGCACGGGGGAACUCACAGACGAUGAUUUCAGGGCGUAUUUUGGGCGUUUCGGGGAGAUCCAAGACGCCGUGAUCGUCAGGCGAUCAGAUGGUGCCUCCAGGGGCUUUGGCUUUGUUACAUUUGCGGAUGAGAUGUCCGUGGAGAAGUGCCUGGUGCUACAGCAUGACCUCAACGGCAGGAAGGUGGACCUGCGGCGUGCUGUUCCAAAGGAGCAGAUGCCGAAUCAGGGACCCUUUGGUAUGGCCAUGGGCAUGGCUGCGCUGAGGGGCGGCUACGGCCUGCCCAUGGUGGGAUAUGGUGGGAUGGGCAUGAGUGAGAUGCCAGCCAUGGGGGCGCACAUGGGAGGCUACCCAAUGGGGGCCUACCAAAUGGGCGGCAUGUCACCAUACCCCCAGGACUUCGACAUGAGGGGCAGACCGCAGGGUCCCAAGCCCAAUCGCUUCAGGCCUUACUAA